AUGUUACCGCCACCAACUGGAAAACUGCGGCGCCACUUCCCUUCGAAAAAAGACAUCGGACACCCGUUUCGCGUCUGGUAUGAAUCGUCGGCGUAUAUACGCUUCAACAUUGCUACCGUCACCUACUGGAAAGCUGCGAUGCUACUUGACACUUCAGAAAAAGACACCGGAGACCCUUUCCCAGCUCUAUAUGAACCUUCGGCGUAUACAGGCUUCGAUAAUGUUACUCCCACCACUGAGAGUGGACCUUCUGAAAUGAAACUCCUCACUCGGGAACUUGCUGAGGACGGAUCAGAAGCCAUUGUGCAGCAUUGUAUGAUCGCGAUAGCGCGAGAGUACGGCGACUCCGGCUCAGUGACGGCGCUGACGCGCGGUACAGGAAACGGCCAUUUGCUCGCCUCCACAGGGAAUGUGUUCCAAGCGCUACGCUCAUCGUAUGCGCUUCCUGGCAACCGGUGCGGCACAGAAUGGCUCCUCGGGCGCCAGCGAACGCGCACACGCCAGAACGUGGACCGGACUCGCGCGUUCUUCAACUUCAUUUUGAAAGAGAUUCGAAUGCUUCGCACCGCCGCAAGAGUUACAGCACGGCGAUUUUGCGAGCUGGCGCAUCGACAACGGGUUGCGGAAGGUUAUCUCGUCAGUAGCGAGCAGCGGCGCUGGGCCAUCAGAGCGAAUGAGCUGUUUUCUACCUGGCGACGGCCACGAGAACGGUUGCGCUGCUCUCUGCCCAGAACGACGCUGAGCGUUUCUCGCUCCGCUCCGCACAACGCUGACGGAGCGCCACCUGCAUCGGUGGACCUCACGUCACGAACCCGAGCGCGCUGUGCAGAUGGGCCGACUUCCCUAUUAUCAGUGGCCCACCGGCUCUUGCUCGGUGGGACCACCCACAGCGACACAACUGCCGUGUCGCGGUCCGCACAGACCCGCGACCCCAAAACACGUUUUCGUCUCGAGCACUGCCUAUUCGCCACUGGGGACGGCCUAGGCUUGUAUGCUCGUGUCCUGUUCUCACGGAUUGCAUGCUUCUACUGUCGCGGACGCCUCAUCCACUGCAGUGCUGUGGAUGAGUUGACCAGCAGUCUUAAGAACCGUCGCUCGGCUCAUGUCUACACUUCUGGAAUGUGCGGGAUGCUGAAAGAAUGCCUAGCUGAAAGCUGCGGCUUCCGCGGCGGAACAAUUCGAGCGCUGCAAAACAGUCCUACCUCAGUAUUUCCUGAAAAUCGCGUGUGCGCGGUGGGAGAAGGUGUCUACCACGAGUACUCAUUCGUGCGGAGUGGCCGGCCACCGACGCUGCAGGGGGCCCUGAUCGUGCGCCACACCCCCGCGCGGCACUGCACCAGCAUGAGAAGCGGAGAAUCGCCGAGCACGCCCCGGGCGCGACACGUGCGUUCGUCGUUCCGAGCUUUCCCGCUCCGUUGCGUGGGAGGAGAGUUUCACCACUUCGGUCUGCAACCUAAGCAGGGACGCGGCGAGAAAGGCAACGGAAAGUCUCGCAGAUCACUCUGUGGCGGACAGCGGCAAAAGGCUCUUGUUGCCUGUGUCAAGAAGAAGCGCAUAUGGGCACCUUGUGUCACUGCCAACUGCACUGAAACCUAG